UUUGGGUUUUUUUUGGAAGUCCUGGAAACCACGUCUUCUUGGAGAAAGAGGGAUGGCCGCUGAGAGGCAGGUUGUCAAAAUUGUUGCGAGCAAGGAGCAGAUGGAAGGGGUCGGGGCACGUGUUCAAAGAAGCAUUGGCACUCCUGAGUUAAGAAAUUUGGAUCCUUUUCUGCUGCUUGAUGAAUUCAAAGGUGGGAAACCAGCCGGCUUUCCUGAUCACCCCCAUCAGGGUUUUGAAACAGUAACUUGUCUGUUGGAAGGUGGGUCCAUGGCUCAUGAAGAUUUCUGUGGACAUGCUGGUAAACUGAACCCAGGAGAUUUACAGUGGAUGACAGCGGGGAGGGGUAUUCUGCACACAGAGAUGCCCUGCUCAGAGCAGCCAGCGCAUGGCCUGCAACUCUGGGUCAAUUUGAGAAGUUCAGAGAAAAUGGUGGAACCCCAAUACCAAGAACUGAAAAAUGAAGAGAUAUCAAAGCCCACCAAGAAUGGUGUGACUGUAUCUGUCAUUUCAGGAGAGGCACUGGGUAUAAAGUCUAAGAUAUGUACUCGUACACCAAUUCUGUAUCUGGACUUAAAGUUGGACAAGGGAGCCAAGCAUACACAGCCAGUUCCCAAAGGAUGGACAUCCUUUAUUUACAUAAUAUCUGGCAAUGUGUAUGUUGGCCCUGAUGCUGCCAAACAAAAAAUUGAACCCCACCACACAGUGGUGUUGGGUGAUGGUGACUGUGUUCAGUUUGAAAAUAAGGAUCCUGAAAUAAGCCAUUUUGUCUUGGUUGCUGGUGAGCCGAUUAAGGAGCCUGUCGUACAACAUGGUAAGAAUGUCGAGCUUUCCUAUUCUGCCCACAUCUUUGAUGAUUACAGCAAGGCAAAAAAUGGCUUUGAGAGAGCUACCACAUGGAAGCAAAGAUUGGAAACCAGUGAUCUUCAAUGUUAAGAGGAUGACUGAGUUAUAUAUUAACAUUAGUAGUCUAUGAUCAUGCCAACCUUAUAAAAAGGAGUAGUCUGAUUGACUUACUGAAACUUCUCUCUUAAAUGAAGUUUUACUAGAGUAGAUCAGCAAUAUAUACUUGAUAUACAUAAAUAUCAAAUUUUGUAACUGUAAUUAAGCUCCUGAGUGUUAAAUCUGCAUUUUGGUGUACUCUCUAUAUAUUUACAUAUAUAGCUUUAAAAAAGCAUUAAAGCUGUUUUUUGUUUUCAUGCAAAAGCAUUUUUCUGCUCUGCUCAAAAUAAAAACACAUUUACUCGUUUUAUAGCUGCAUCUUCAUAGACUUAUUUUUAAAAAGCCUGUUUCUUUAAAAUAUGUUUAGUUACUUUUCUUUGUGAAACUCCAUCCAGCAAAUCCCUUGUCACAAAAAAUAUACAAGACGGUAUGCUGUCCCUUUUUUUUUUUUUUUUUAAAGGACUAGCUUUGUAAUAUGUGUGCUGUGUAAGAAAGUGUGCUGAAGUUUCAUGUUUCAGGUAAUCUUCUUUAAAAUAAUGGCAGUCUAGAUUGCAUCAGUUAGUUUAAAACUGCUAUGCUAUUGGUAGACACAGAAUGGGGUUAGAGCCAAAAUUUGACUGUGUUUCUGCCAAAGUCUGUAUCAGAUUUAAGACACAUGCUUCUGCAAGCUUCCAUGAAGGUUGUGAAAAAAGUUUUAAUACAGAGUUGGAUUACAGCUCUCUGUAGCUCAAAACAUUGGCCGUUAUACUACCAUCUUAACAGGCUGCUGUAACACAGAGCACAAAUAAAGCAGAUUUUUAAAUUUUCUGGACUAUAAGUGAAUUUUCAAUACUUCCGUGGGUCCUGGUAGAACUACAUUAACUUUAUUAACUGGAACCUGUACUUGAUUUCUUGUAAGAAUAGGUAUAAUUAAAAUAACCUUUAACAAUUUAUUUCAACUGAUCUAAAAAUACUCUAUAAAUUAUAUUAGCUAGGUAAAUUAUAACUGUGUUGGAUGAUAAAACAGUUAUUUACUUCACCCCUGCAAAUGUUGUUUGGAUUGAAAACAGAAAAUCUGGAAGCUUUGUUAAAAAACUAUUAAUAGAGAAAUGCAUUUCAAAACGGACUCCUCCAGCUGUAUGAUAUCAACUGCGUAGUAAUUGGUGGAUCUUAAACAUCACAAUGUACAAAUCGUGGGCAACUGUAAAUAUUUUUAUGGUAUCUCUUCUGCAUUUGCUUCAGGGAUCUGAUUAUGAGUAUGGAUCUGUGAAGGUAGGUGGGCUUUAAUUGGCUAAUAUAGUGAACAUGUUGUAUGAGAGCACGUGGAUUUUAUUGUCUGAAGUGUUGUCAUAAUUAUACCUUUUUGCUUUUUUUAAGCUUUAUUUUAUUGCUGUUCAACUGCAUUGACAUAGCAACCAGGGAGGAAUCAGUAUUCCAUAUUAAAUAUUUUAGCCCAGAGUCA